CGUUGCUGCUGCCUGACACUCACAGAUGCACAAUCGAGAGCAUCCUGUCAGGCUGUAUCACCGCCUGGUACGGCAGCUGCUCCGCCCAUAUCCGGAAGGCUCUCCAGAGGGUAGUGAGGUCUGCACAACGCAUCACCGGGUGCAAACUACCUGCCCUCCAGGACACCUACACCACCCGAUGUCACAGGAAGGCCAAAAAGAUCAUCAAGGACAACAACCAGCCGAGCCACUGCCUGUUCACCCCGCUAUCAUCCAGAAGGCGAGCUCGUAUAAGACGUUACUCUGACGUCAUGCCCCUCCCAGACUCCUUCAUCCAGAAGCAGCAGCUGGACGCCAGCAUGGCCGACACCUUCCUGGAACACCUGUGUCUGCUGGACAUCGACCAGGAGCCAAUCACAGCCCGCAACACAAGCAUCAUCUGCACCAUCGGGCCUGCGUCUCGCUCCAUCCCCAAACUGCAGGAGAUGGUGAAGGCAGGAAUGAACAUUGCUCGACUCAACUUCUCUCAUAGCUCUCACGAGUACCAUGGUGAGACCAUCAAGAACAUCCGGGAGGCGGUCGAGACCAUAACCACUGACCCUUUAUAUUACAGACCGGUAGCCAUCGCCUUGGAUACCAAAGGCCCUGAAAUACGCACAGGCCUGGUCCGAGGGACUGCAGAGCAGGAGGUGGAGCUGGAGCGUGGGGCCAGUGUGCGUGUGGUGACAGGGGAGGGGGACAGGGACAGGACGGAUGGCAACGUCAUCUGGGUGGACUACCCCAGUCUGCCUCAGGUCCUGGAGAAAGGAGGAAGGAUCUACAUCGACGACGGACUCAUCGGACUAAAAGUCCUGGAGACAGGUCCAGACUGGGUGGAGGCACUGGUAGAGAGUGGCGGUGUUCUGGGCAGCCGUAAGGGGGUCAACCUGCCGGGGUGUGACCUGGUGGACAUGCCCGCUGUGAGUGAGCGUGAUGAGGGGGACCUGAGGUUCGGCGUGGCCCAGGGGGUGGACAUGGUGUUCGCCAGCUUCAUCCGCUGUGGCCAAGAUGUCAGGGAGGUCCGACGGGCCCUGGGGCCCUUCGGAAAGGACAUCAAGGUGGUCAGCAAGGUGGAGAGUCGCCAGGGAGUACAUAAUUUCUUGGAGAUCCUGGCGGAGAGUGAUGGGGUGAUGGUUGCCAGGGGCGACCUGGGCAUAGAGAUCCCUGCAGAGAAAGUCUUCAUCGCUCAGAAGAUGAUGAUCGGACGUUGCAACUCCGCUGGCAAGCCUGUUAUCUGUGCUACACAGAUGUUGGAGAGCAUGGUAGCCCACCCCAGGCCUACGCGUGCGGAGGGCAGUGACGUAGCUAACGCAGUGUUGGAUGGAGCCGACUGUGUGAUGCUCUCUGGGGAGACGGCUAAAGGACUGUUCCCUGUCGAGUCUGUGACCAUGAUGCACUCGAUCUGCAGGGAGGCGGAGGCGGCCAUCUUCCAACAGCAGUUGUUUGAAGAGCUUCGUCGUCUGACCCCUCUGUCCAAUGACCCCACUGAGGUCACUGCUAUAGGGGCUGUAGAAUCCUCCUUCAAAUGCUGUGCUGGAGCUGUCAUAGUACUCACUACUACUGGCAGGUCAGCCCAGCUCCUGUCCCGGUAUCGCCCACGCUGUCCCAUCGUCGCGGUAACAAGAAGUCCUCAGGUGGCCCGUCAGGCCCAGCUGCUGAGGGGUGUGUUCCCAGUGCUGUUCCACCCCCUUCCUGCCCCCGUCUGGGCCGACGAUGUAGACAACAGAGUCAACUUCGGCAUGAACAUAGGAAAGGCCAGGGGCUUCUUCAAGACAGGUGACAUGGUGAUCGUGGUGACCGGCUGGAUCCCUGGUUCUGGUCACACUAACAUCAUGAGGGCAGUCCACGUGCCCUAAACACUCUGCUCCUAUUGGACACUACCACUGACUGACAGACAGGCCCACCAAUCCUAAGUGGCACAUAGCUUAACAGACACACUAACUGGAACGCUAACUACAUAGAUAGCAUAGAACAAAAAUUAAUACAUUUCCCUUAUGUGGAGAUGAAGUACAUAAACAAAACUACAGUUUAGAGAUUACAAUGAAAAGUCAAUAUUGAUUUUAAUCUUGUCUUAAUGUUUUUGUGUGUUUAUUAAUUUCUGUCUUGGAAGCACUGCCUCUCUCCAAAUAAAGCUUGGAGCAUAACCUCAUCAUAA